ACACAUAUAUAUAGCCUGGUAACAUACACAUCGUACAUCACUUGUGCACCAACCAGCAAACAUAAUGUUCUCUAAGCUCGCAAUCCUAGCUCUCGUUGCCGUAGCAGUCAGCGCAAGCGGCGACAACUACAGCUUCUCCUACGGGGUUAAUGACCCCUACACCGGCGACGUCAAAGACCAACACGAAAGAAGAGUAGGAGGGCACGUGGUAGGACAAUACUCCCUAUUGGAGUCCGACGGCACGAAGAGGACAGUUGAUUAUGCUGCAGACCCAGUCAGUGGAUUCAAUGCUGUCGUGAGGAAAGAUGGAGUGGCUGCUCAUCCGGCUUCUCUGGGGGUCAGGGGUUUGGGUUAUGGAGCUGGAUUAGGCUAUGCUGGUUUGGGUUACGGAGCUGGGUUGGCUCAUGCUAGUCCGUUAGGGUAUGGUGGAGCCGUCAGCUAUGCUAACUCGAAUUCUUACGUCAGUCCCCGUGGAGCAUAUGGUGGUUUGGGCUAUGCUGGUCUUGGAUAUGGAGCAGGACUUGUCGGGCUAGCUGGCGCUGGCGCCCUGGGAUACGGCGGCCUGGGAUUGGCCGGCUAUGGCGGUCUAAGUUACGGCGCUGGACUGGGUGGCGUGUGGUAAAGAACAAAUUAAUAAAGGUGUGACCUCAAGCUGAUCAUUACGAAUUUGGACCUUACGUGACAUGCUUUUGUAUUCGUUUUAGUUUGUUUUUCGUUUAAUUUUAUAUUCUGCUUUAUUAUUAUUUUGUUUUUAUUUGUAAAAAAUAUAUUCAUU